UAGGGAAUGGCUCACUAAAAGUUUGGUUUAGUUUUCUUUUAAGUUUCAUGUAUCAUUACUUAAAAAGAAAGGAACGUCCUGAUGAAAGGUUUUAACAGAGGAAAGUAUUUUACUGAACUUUGGAAGACGUUUCAGCUGGAAGUAAACAGGCGACUUUCACCGCUUUUGGAUCCGUUAAGGUUAACAGCAGAACUUCAGUGUGUGUGUGGAGCUGUUCACAUUUACCAGGUUACCAAUGUUUUACCAAACUUCCAAACUUAAAGGUUCUGGUCAGCUGGUCCAGGUUCUGGCUCUGCAUUGUUCUUUUCAGCCCUGUGGCCACACUGUUGGAGGUUUCAGAAGAAGACACUCAAACUGAUUCCUGUACUCAUAAAAGCAAAAAGAAAAGAAACUAGAAGAAAAGUGGUGGUAAAAUAUCUAUUUUUAGUAUUGCUGUCUUUGGAAUAAAUUACCAAGGAAAGCAACCUGGGACUGCUGGGCUGGUUGAAUAAAGUCAUCAUUGGAGACUGGUUUCUUCAUUUAUCUUCAUAUCCAUUACUGGAAGUAACGUUGUGGAAAGUGUGAAGGAGGAAAGAAAAGCGUUGAAGGAAAAGUUUGCGCCUCUUUUGUUACUACAUGGAUGUGUGACGGAAAAGUUGGACUCCUGGGAGUCACCAGCUGAUUUAAUGCUGCAGGGGAUCAUGGGAAAAGAACAGGAGCUUCUGCAGGCAAUUAAGAAUGGUGACUUGUCAUCAACACAAAAACUACUGGCCAAGGUGAAAGGCAAAAACAAGCUAUUGGGCUCAAGCAAGAGACUGAAUGUUAAUUAUCAAGAUCCAGAUGGGUUUUCUGCGUUGCAUCAUGCUGCUUUAACAGGAACAACAGAUCUACUCUCUCUGUUGCUGGAGGCUCAGGCCACUGUGGACAUCAAGGACGGCAAUGGUAUGCGUCCACUGCAUUAUGCUGCGUGGCAGGGGAAAGCUGACUCGGUGCUCAUGCUGCUCAGAUCUGGAGCCUCGGUGAAUGGAGCUGCGCUGGACGGCCAGAUUCCACUACACCUCGCUGCACAGUAUGGACACUACGAUGUAUCAGAGAUGCUGCUGCAGCACCAGUCCAACCCCUGCGCUGCUAACAAGGCCAAGAAGACUCCUCUUGACCUGGCCUGUGAAUUUGGAAGGCUGAAGGUCGUCCAGCUGUUGUUAAGCAGUAACAUGAUUACGAUGCUGCUGGAGGGGGACAGUAAGGACACUAUAGAGUCUGCUUUCAACACUCCUCUUCACCUCGCUGCACGCAAUGGACAUAUUGACAUCAUUCGGCUUUUGCUGAAAGCAGGAAUCGACAUAAACAGAACCACCAAAGCAGGAACGGCUCUGCACGAAGCCGCUCUUUACGGGAAGACGGAGGUAGUACGGCUGCUGCUGGAUGCUGGAACUGAUGUGAAUAUUCGCAACACAUAUAACCAGACAGCUCUGGACAUUGUCAAUCAGUUCACCACUUCUCAUGCCAGCAAGGACAUCAAACAGCUCUUACGAGAUGCCACAGGAAUUCUUCAGGUGAGAGCUCUGAAGGACUACUGGAACCUGCAUGACCCCACAGCUCUCAACAUUCGUGCUGGUGAUGUCAUUAUGGUGCUGGAGCAACACGUGGAUGGUCGUUGGAAGGGUCACAUCCACGACAGCCAGAGAGGCACCGACCGAGUUGGCUACUUCCCUCCCUCCAUAGUGGAGGUCAUCAGUCGACGCUUUGGGGGCACGCUGUCACGCCACUGCUCUCUGCCCUGCCAGAAGCAGCAGCAGCAGCUCUACAGAGUGCCCCUCCCUACCAGUCCAAGCAUGAACACAUCUGUCAUCCCUCAAACUGAUGACUCCUACACCCCUAACCCUCACCAGGUGCUACCUCUCGCCAACGGCCUGAGUGCCAACCCAGCAGGAGACAGAAACAGUGUGGGUAGCACCGGCAGUGUUGGGAGCACACGCAGCGCUGGUAGUGGGCAGAGCACAGAGAACACUACCAGUGGUCUUCACCAGCACAACACCAACCCUGAUGCCAAGCAGCCAGUGCCCCCUGUUGGUGACUCAGUACAACUGGACCUUCACAAACAGCUUGACCACUCUACAGGUGUUCCUCGACGUCCGGUGCUCGCUGUGCCGAGAGUGCCAGAGCAAAGUUUGUUGCAGCAGUUUGUCCGACCUCAGCAGCUACUAGAAGGCAAGGAUGCUGAAGCGAUCUACCAAUGGCUGAGCGAGUUUCAGCUGGAGCAGUACACUUGUAACUUUGUUAAUGCAGGCUAUGAUGUCCCUACUAUCAGCCGGAUGACUCCUGAGGAUCUGACUGCCAUUGGUGUUACGAAACCGGGUCACCGGAAAAAGAUCUCACAGGAGAUCGGAAAUUUUAUUAUUCCAGAAUGGCUUCCUGACUACACACCGGUGGAUCUUAGUGAAUGGCUCAGUGCUAUCGGUCUGCCUCAGUACCAUAAGAAGCUCUUAGAGAAUGGCUAUGACUCCAUCAACAUUGUGAGAGACCUGACAUGGGAGGACCUCCAGGAGAUCGGCAUCACUAAACUGGGUCAUCAAAAGAAGAUCAUGUUAGCGGUAAAGAAGCUGUGCGAUUUGCAGAAGGCUCUCCUUCAGGCCGAGGCAGGCCAGGGCACCCUGCGUCGCAAACACCCAUCUGCGCUGGACAUAUUACCUAUCGAGCCCCCUGAUGAGGGUGUCGACCCCUCCAUGCCCCACACACCCAAAAUGCUGACUUUCCAGGACAGCGAGCUGAGCGUCGAAUUGCAGAAUGCAAUGGCAUCACACUAUAGCGGCCCUCAGGAAGGCCUCGCUUUUAAGACCGCUGUGGCCAUGUCUGUUAGUCAAGAGAGCAUCGAUGCACGUUCCAGAGGUUCCGGACGAUCCCAGGAGAAUCCUGUCACACCUCCUUCCUCUUCCUCCUUGCCUGCUACUCCUCGCAGCCACUCUCAGGACAGCCUCCUUAGCUCCGACAACAGCAGCCCUGCAAAAGAGCGGAACAUUCCUGAAGGUCGAGACCAGCUAUAUCAGAGGUUUCACACUUCCUCUCCUAACUUCAAGUACGCCACAGUAAACGCCAAGUCCAAACCAGGCAGCUCUUCAAACCAGAAAGUCUUUAGCUACCUUCAUUCCAACAGCAGUGCUGGCACCCUGAAUAACACCUUACUAGUGGUGCCCAAAAAGCGCACGCAGAGCCUGACACGCUAUGCCCUGUCUGAUGGUGAGCCAGAGGAUGAUGAUGACGAACAGCUGGCAGUACCUGCUACCGCUGCUUUGCCAUCGUACGCCACACUUUGCCGCAGGCCAGCACGAGGCCAGCUCACCCGCAUGCAGUCUACUCCAGAACAGAUGGUCAGCCGCAGCCAAUCGUUUGCAGUCAGGACUCGACGCAAAGGACCUCCCCCUCCGCCACCCAAGCGCCUCAGCUCUGUCAGUAGUACCAGCAGCACCUCUGAGGAUGCAACAGCACCAAACGCCCGAAACACACCUGCAUGUCAGGUGGAGACUGACGGCUUUGCAGGUGUCAAGAGCAUCGCAGCUACUCUAGAAACGACCUUGAUGGGCUACAGGGUUGAGCCCUUCCAGGAGGGCAAAGCCGCCAUUUCUGGAUCCACUGAGGUUGCCAGAAGAGGAGUUGCAAGCCAGAGUGAGGCCAGCGUUUCUGAAAGAGUUGACCGAGUCAUUAAAUCUGACUCUGAAGAGGACGAGUGCGCCAAGGGUGCCAGCCUCGACAGCUCAUCCUCCCCACAGAACAGCUCCAGUGAGUGCAUCCCCUUCGCUGAGGAGGGCAAUCUCACCAUCAAGCAACGGCCCAAAGCAGGCAGAACAGACAGUGUCUCCGAUUGUCCAGAGAAGCUAAAGGCAGCCAAGGGGCAAGAGCUUCCUGAGUUCAACCUCACAGAGUCGGACACAGUAAAGAGACGGCACAAACCAAAAGAGAAGGAGCAACCUCCUGCAGUUCACAGCGGCAGCGAAAAGGCCGAGCAAGAGUGUCAAAGUGUCAGUGUUAAACUGUGCAUCAGUGAGACUGAGAUCACACCAGUGUUUGUAGAUCCACCAACAGUACAGACUGUAAAGAUGCCUCCACCUCUUGCUCCAAAACCAGCCAGUCCAUCCAAGCCUUCUCACCACAACGUUACCCUCAAACAGCAUGUUCCGUCAGCCACAGCUGCAGGAUCUGGUGUCAUGCUGAAUGUGGUGCAGAGUGUAGCAUUUGCAGCAUCCACAACUUCCCCAGUGGCUGUGCCCCCAAUUCAGGCUGUGCCCCCAAUUCAGGCUGUGCCUCUGAUUCAUGCUGCGCCUCCGAUUCAGGCUGUGCCCCCAAUUCAGGCUGUGCCAGCAGAAAAGUCACAGGUCUGUGUCGAGCCUGGUUCAGGGACCGUGCAUGUACUGCAAAGACUGGACCAGACCAGCACGUCUUUGGAGGAGGCAUUGAAGGCUGUGGAGAGAAAACUUACACUUCAGGACAUCACUGAUGGGGGACGCCACACAACAAAAUCAGCAGGGAACAUUCUUGAUGACAUCGGGAACAUGUUUGAUGAUCUGGCAGACCAGCUGGACGCUAUGCUUGACUAAGCUCUCCUCGCCUUGCUUUUAUUUGACAUGUAGAAGAUGACGGAUGAAGUGGGCCAGCUGAUAAAACCUAAACAGCUGCUUGUCUUCUGCCUUCACUUGCACAUCUGUAGGUCUUUGCUUCUUGGCGGGUUCAUGGAGCAUGAAGCCCUGAUGUUACUUGCAAGUUUUAUUAUCAGCCAUCUAAUUCAGCUGCGUUCACAGCAUCUGUUUAUUCUCUAAACUAAAGCACUAAAAACAGCUGUACAGCCACUUGAGCAGAGACUGUUAAGGCUGAAACUGAGAUUUGUGUUUGUACCAUUUUACAUCUUCAUCUUUUAUUUAAACGGAUUAAAACGGUCACAGCUAUUCCAGUUAAGGACAGUGUGACACUUGUAUAUGUUUUUUGUAUGUUUUGUGUACUAUAUAAAGUAACAUAAACAGGUGCUCAGGUGGCGCAGCUGUAAAUUAUGCUAUCUGGGGUUCAAAUCUCAGAGGUGCUAUCGGCCAGUCAGGCAUCUGCACAGACAUGAUUGGCUAGUGUACUGUAAUUGAUGGCCGAAACAGCCCAGCCAAUGAGAGAUGCACUUGUCGAUGCACUCUCAGUGCCGGUCCCAAGCUCGGAUAAAAGUAAGAGUGUUAAGUCAAAAAGGACAUUGGCGUAAAAACUGUGCCAAGAUCCACUGUGGCGACCCGUAAUGUAUAUACUGGAGCACCCGAAAGAAAAGAAAUAAUAAUAUAUUAACAACACAUAAAACAUGACUGUAUGAGUAAUGAGUAUAAUUUAGCGUUAUGAGUAUAUGAGUCUAGGUGGGAUGAGUAUCCCGUUAUGAGUAUAUGAGGUGGGAUCAGAUGACAAAAUGAACUGAGAAUCAUUCCACAACCCCCAAAAGCUUCUUUCUCCCAACACAAGGCUUCACAACUUGUAUGUAUGAUGUUAAAAUAUUGUAUUUUUAGAUAAUUUGAGUGUUAAUGUAUUGCUUGUUUUAUAUGAAAUGUAAUAUGCAUUUAAAUUGCCUUGGUGCCAGUAAAUUCAGACACGGAUUACACUUCAGUAAGAACUGUUUUUAAAGGGAACACUAUAUAAACCUUCCAGCGACACACACUGCUGACAGUGUGGAAUCAGAGGUGCAGUAAAUGUAAAGAAGAUGAUGCUUAUAAGACUGAUAGUAAUUAUUCUAAUGGAAACAGUAUUUAAAAUGUCAAAGUAUGUAUUUUGUAUACAAAGGAUAUAUCUGAUUGGGGAACAAAAGUGUAUUUUCUAUAUAUAGUAUAUGUGUAUUUUGUUUUGAAACGUUCUGCUAUUUUGUCUGUUAUGCAAGUAAACUAACGAGGUUGUAUUUUUAUCACUAAUAGUGUCACUAUGUACAUUUCGCAUCACUAUUCUGCAUUUCCACAUAAUUAAAAAGCUGAAUGAUUAAAUUGUCUUUAUG